UCACAACAGAAACUUUUAUUAUUAUCCCUUUUUGGAUAAUAUUAAAUAAUUUCUAAUUGCUUGGAAAAAAUGUUGGCUAAAAUUUUACCACUUCUUUUUGUGCUUUCAGUUGGAGCUUUUUUUGUUGGUGCUAGAAAUUUACCAAAUGAAAAUGAUUCCCUUGUAGCAGCAAAAUAUGGAACAACUGAUUAUCAAGGUGGAUUAGAUGACAAUAUUGGUGGUGGAUUCGCUGAUAAUGUACCCGCAGGUGGAACUCCCCCUCCAGCUGGUCCUGGUGUAGGAGGAUCCAUUAGUGGUGGCGUUAGCGCAGGAAUAGGAGGAAGGUUGGGUAUGGGUGCUGGUCCCAUUAGUGGAGGUGCUGAAGGUAGAGUUGGUGUAGGUAUAGGUGCUGGAGCUGGUGCUGGUGUUGGUGCUGGUGCUGGUGGCAUGGGUGGUGGCACUCCUGGUAGUCCUCCUGGCAUUGGAAUAGGCGGCAGUGGCGGUGUUAGCGGUGGAGUAGGUGGCAGUGGCCGUAUCGGUGUUGGAGCAGGAGGCACUCCUGGUGUUGGAGUAGGUGGCAGUGGCAGCCUUGGUGGCAAUAUUGGUGGUGGAGCAGGAGCUGGAGUGGGAGCAGGCGGCACCGGUGGAUAUGGCGGCCCUGGCAGCGGAUAUGGUGGUGGAUAUGGAGGAGGAUGGCCAUGAAGGAAAUGUAAUUAACUAGCAUUGGCGUUAAAGCUAGUGUUGUAUUAAUGUUACCACGUACUUGCAUCUUAAUUUUAUGUUAUGUUUUGUGUAAUGUGUAUGUAUGAUGUAAUGUAAUGUAAUGUUAGUUAAUAAAUCUAAGAAAAAAAAAUUGGUGUA